GUUUUGUUUCCGGGUCAGAGACCGUGCGAACUGCGACCUUUCGUUUCUUGUGUAUAAAAACCUAAAUCAGGUGGAGUUAGACAUGGGAAUACAAAGUCUUCAAUAAGACCCGUAAGCAUCGCUUGUUUAUGUUUCAUGAUGUACCCAUCUUCAUGUGAUACUUUCGUGGCUCUGCCCCCCUCCACUGAGGGGCAACGCAUCAUCUUUGGGAAAAACUCUGACAGGCCCUGUGAUGAAGUGCAAGAGGUGUUGUAUUUUCCUGCCAGAGACUAUGAUGCAGGAGAGAAAGUUGAGUGUACAUACAUAGAGAUUGAGCAGGCUGCCCACACUCAUGCCGUUAUACUGAGCAGACCGGCCUGGCUGUGGGGGGCAGAGAUGGGAGCCAAUGAGCACCAAGUGUGUAUUGGCAAUGAAGCAGUUUGGGGCAGAGAAGACGCUGAUGGUGAGGAGGCUCUGCUCGGUAUGGACCUUGUCAGACUUGGACUUGAGAGAGCUGAUACGGCUGAGAAGGCUGUGGAUAUCAUUACUGAGCUGCUGGAAAAAUAUGGCCAGGGAGGAUCGUGCAUGGAGGAUGUGUGUGGCUUCACUUACCACAACAGCUUCCUUAUCUCAGACAGAAAGGAGGCAUGGCUGCUGGAAACCUCAGGGAAGUAUUGGGCAGCAGAGAGAGUGGAAGAUGGAUAUCGGAACAUCUCCAAUCAAUACGGCAUAACAACCAAGAUAGACAAGGAACAUCCGGGAAUGAGGGAGUACGCAAAGAGUCAAGGCUGGUGGGAUGGACAGGCACAGUUCAACUUUGCUGAAGUCUACUCCUUCUUGACUACAGGCAGAAUAGAGGCCUCUGGCAGCCGAUACUGUGAAGGAAAGAACUUGCUAGAGAAAAGCAAUGGUCACAUCAAUGCCAAGACAAUGAUGGACAUCCUGAGGGAUAAGGAUAGUGGCAUCAACAUGGAGGGAAUGUUCAUGUCAACAGGAAGUAUGGUGUCAGUGAUACCCACGGAUCCUGCUCUGCCAGGUGUUCACUUCUUCACUGCAACUCCUGACCCUGAAAGGUCUGUUUUCAAACCUUUCGUCUUUGUGAGUGAAAUUAAACAGUUGAAGCAGACGUCUUCUCCCAGCUAUGGUCUUGAUGACCCUGUAAAGAAGAAACCUCGAUUCCGGAGCAAGCCUGAUCGCAAACACCCACUGUUUGUCAAGCAUGAAGUGGUGGCUGCCAUCAUUGAAACUAACAAGGAUAAAGGAAGGAAAAUCCUGCACAAUAUGAGACAUUUAGAAAAAGAGAAGAUGGAUGAGAUGGAGAAGCUUCUUUCAUUUGGCAUUCAGGACUCUACACUGCUGGAAAAUCUGUUCUUCGACUCUGUCCAGGAAGAACUGAGUGUGUAUGGCAAAAGCUGAAAAUUGUUCUGUAACAUGUCUGAGGCAGGAAACUGUUUUUUCAGUGUGGCAGUAGCAGCAAAAGCGUCUAUAUUUCCUGCAUGGUAUAAUAAAUAAAUAAAUUUUAAUAAAUUUUGUGGCUUUUAGUCAGAUACUGUAAAUGCCUUAAUAAAUCAAUAAAUGAAAAUGUGACUGAAGACAGAGUAGCUUCAGCUACUCAGGGUAAACAGAUCUAGUAAUUGGUACUGUAUUAGUUAAUAUAGCAACCAUGUAGAGUGAAUAUCAAAACAAUGAUGAAUAAAGAAUCCUGGUUAAAUAGGAAAGCACAUAAUUAAAGUCAAGCAGACAUACAUGAUUACAUUAUGCAAGUGUUCGGUAAUGCCUUUUAUUUAAAAAAAACAACAAAAAAAUAGGAAUAUAAAUAGGCAGCCCUUGACAUAAAAUGUGCGUUGGACAUUCUGUUCUCGCAAUUUCAGUGAAAAGACAAAUCAAUAAAACACAUUAC